AUUGAGGCACAUAAGCGUUGUGAUUAUGCCGUGGACGGGCAGCAACUGAGUCUUCGGCAUGAAAAAUUGAAUGAAAUUUGAGAAUGUAUUUUGAGUUUUGUCAAUCGUCAAGGAUUUCAUUUUACUAAAUACUAAGCUAUUUUAUAACAGUGGACCAUUUUGUCACCAAAAAUGUCCGGUAAUAUUGUGGGAGAAUUUCUCUGGCGUUGCUAAGCAACCGCGUAGUCACAAUCAGAAAAGAAGCAAGAAAGGCAGUCAUGGACGCUGAAGGUCUGCAUUUAAACAUCGAUUAUGUUGGAAGUAGUGGGGUUAUUUUGAGCACUGAGCAGAAGGCUGCCUUCCAGUCGUCGCUGGUUAUCCUAAAAAACAACUACAAGUUUAAAAGAGUUUUGUUUUGGGGUAAAAUUCUUGGGGUAAAAGAUGACUAUUUCAUCGUCGAAGGAAUUGGCAAAGAUGAAUUGAGAGACAGGCAGAUUUUAUACAGUGUGGAUUGUGUAAAAUGGGGCAUCCUGCCUCAAGUAACAGAGGAGAUGAGACAAAAGUGCUCGUUUGUGAAAGGAAGAUUCACAGGGGAUCCUUCGUACGAAUAUGAACAUACAGAAAGCAAGAGAAAUGAUGACAGAGAUUCUGAUCCAGACCAGGACGAAGAGACCACAGUGCUUGUAAAAGAGGAAGAUAGAUUAGCAACAGUAAUAGCAUCAAUAAAUUAUGAUGUCUCUAUCGUGCCUCGGAGUGCAUUCCUCAGAGCUGCAAAUGGUGAUAUCUAUGGCAACAGAAGUUUUGAAGGACUUUCAAUACCAGAUGCAGGAAAACUUUGUUCUUACUUUCAUUUUCGUGAACCUAUUCUUCUGAAUCAAAAGACUCUUCUACAAAAGGCUUCUCUGGACAAAUCUAUUGAUUUUUUGGAUCCUAUUGAUGCAGAUAUCCCAAAAGGAGGGUCAUGGAGUGUCCAGUACGAGAAAGGCUGUGGUUUGGUCACCAUACGUAGUCUACACUGGCUUGGUUUCAUAUUUUACCAUGUACCAGAGACAAGAAAGUUUGGCUGUGUCUAUGUUGGCACAGGGGAGAAGAAUUUGGACUUACCAUUCAUGCUGUAAACUACUGCAGUUAUCGCAUAUUUUACUUUUUGCACACUAAUUGUUUGUCAAGUCUAUUUGGAAGGUUUCAUCAAUAAUGUAAGAAUAAUGUACAGUGAUAUAUAAAAGCAAGCUCAAAGUUCAUGUAAAUAUAUACAUUCUUGCUUUAUGUUCACAUUUUUGUUUGACAGAGUAAAAGCAACCUGUCUAUGCACACAGUCAACAUUCAUGAAAGUCAACAAACACACAAGUUGCAACCAAUUUUAGGCUUUCUCUGCAAAACAGAUUUAUUUUCUUAGUGUAAUUGUUAGUAAUAAUUUUUGCAAACUGGUAUUUAUUCCAUGUUCACAGUGACUAAUUGUGGAGAGGCUAAAUACC